AUGAAGUUCGUCCGGGAGGUACAGUACCCUGAGUGGAUCUCAAACUGUGUUAUGGUACGUAAAGCCAACGGUAAAUGGCGUAUGUGUGUGGAUUACAAGAACGUAAACAAAGCAUGCCCAAAGGACAGUUUCCCCCUACCCAGAAUUGACCAUCUCAUUGAUGCCACGGCAGGUCACGAGUUGCUCAGUAUGAUGGACGCCUACUCCGGGUACAAUCAGAUACGCAUGAACCCGGCGGAUCAAGAAGCUACGACCUUCGUCACUGAUAGGGGCCUAUUGUUAAGGCGCUCUAAGAGUAAACUGAUCGAAUGGACACCAGACUGCCAAGAGGCCUUUCAGGGAUUAAAAGAUUACCUCGCCGCAGUCCCAUUACUAUCAACCCCACAGCCGGGUGAACCCCUGUACCUUUACCUCGCAGUGUCCACAACCGCGGUCAGCAGUGCCUUAGUUCGCCGUGAUGGAACUAAAGAACUGCCAGUUUUUUACGCAGGACGAGCCAUGAACGGCCCAGAGACAAGAUACCCAACAUUGGAGCAAUUAGCCCUCGCACUCAUCGUAGCAGCCAGACGACUGCGCCACUAUUUCCAAGCUCACAGCAUCCACGUACUCACAAAUCAGCCUCUCAAACAAGUACUACAGAAUCCAGAACACUCCGGGCGACUCAGCAAAUGGGCUAUCGAGCUGACAGAAUUCGACAUCGAAUACAGGCCACGACCCGCCGUAAAAGGACAGGCCGUAGCCGAUUUCAUAGCAGAAAUGAUCCCCCGAAAUACGGCGGAAGUGGAACCAGAUAAUGUCAUCAACCCCGUCAGUAUUUCGCCAUGGAACUUGCACGUAGAUGGCUCUAGCUGCGCAAAAUCUAGCGGAGCGGGGAUCAUCUUGAGCGGACCGGGGGGACUCGAACUCGAGUAUGCUUUAAAAUUCAACUUUGCCACCUCCAACAAUGUAGCGGAGUACGAAGCACUGAUUGCAGGACUACAAUUGGCCCUAAGCACGGGUGCCACUAGCAUUAAUGUGUUCAGUGAUUCUCAGCUCGUAGUCAAUCAAAUCACCGGGUCCUUCACUGCUAAGGAUGAGCAACUAGCAGCCUACCUGGCGUAUGUCACAACAUUAUUAAAGCGGUUCGAAUUCUACCACAUCAAUGAAAUACCGAGGGCCAAUAACGCAAGAGCGGACUCCUUAGCAAGACUCGCCACGGCGCAACCCCACCAAUGCCACAAGGAUACCAGGGUCGAAAUUCUCCACCAUCCCUCCAUUCACCAGACCUUGCAACAUAUAUGCCAGAUAGAGCGCGACCAAGCCUCGUGGAUGGAUGAGAUAGUAGCAUUCAAGUGCAACGGCAAGCUACCAGAAGACGAGACCAUGGCAAAACAACUAAGGAGACGGGCGGUAAGAUAUUACCUGCGGAACAACACACUCUAUCGCCAAGGUCUGCUGAAUGCUGACCUCAAGUGCGUCACAACCAAAGAAGGCAAGCAGAUAUUGAACGAAAUCCACAGCGGUGAUUGUGGCAACCAUUACGGCAGCCGCGCAUUGGCCGCAAAAACACUCCGCACAGGAUAUUAUUGGCCCACAUUAGCCUCCGAUGCACAGGAGCUCGCCAGGUCUUGCCACAAAUGCCAAAUCCAUGGACCCAUACCACGCCUACCGUCCGAACCACUAUCCUACAUAGUCAGCCCGUGGAUCAACUGCCUUUGGGGAAUGGAUCUGAUUGGCCCAUUACCCGUCGGGAAAUGUCAAUUCAAGUGGGUCAUUGUAUGUAUCGAUUAUCAUUCCAAAUGGAUUGAAGCUGCGCCCCUGACGGCCAUAACAACCGAGAAGGUUCAAAACUUCCUGCAAUGCAACAUCUUCUACCGUCACGGUACGCCGGAGUCUAUCAUCACAGAUAACGGCACGCAAUUCAACAACGAGUACCUCAUCACUUGGUGCAAGGCAAGAGGAACUAAGCUCAAAUUCGCAUCCGUAGCACAUCCAAAAACCAAUGGGCAAGUAGAAGCCGCUAACAAAUUGAUUAAAAGCCUUCUUCGGAAAAAGCUGGGUGAAGCUAAAGGACUUUGGCCAGAAAAACUCGACGAGGUAGUAUGGGCAAUCCGUACCACACCAACAGAAGCCACGGGCGAAACUCCUUUUUGCUUAAUGUAUGGCACGGAAGCAGUUCUACCCAUCGAAGUAAUUCAGCCAACACAACGGGUUUCACUAUUUGACCCCGAAACCAAUUCGGACAGUAUACACCUUGAUAAAGAUCUCUUGGAAGAGAAACGCAUCACAGCGCAUCGCCAUAACAUCCAGAACAAACAGCGUGUGGCACGCUUCUAUAACUCGAGAGUCAAGAGCAGGACACUACAAUUAGGCGACUGGGUCCUAAAGAAGAUCCAAACAAAGGUCACUGGACUACGCCCGAGAUGGGAUGGACCGUAUAAAGUCGUCCAAAUCAUAGCACCAAACACGUACUGCCUAGAAGACAAGUACGGAGAAAAAUUAGCCCAUCCUUGGAACAUGGAACAACUCAAGUACUAUUACAAGUAG